GCACGUCCUGUGGUAAUGGGUGACACCUGUGCGAGCGCAUUAGGCACAGGUGUGAGUGCACUUUAGGUUCCACCCCCUCUGGAGCUGCUUUGUCUGGGCCCCUCUCUGCUGUUCUGUUCGACACUGAUUUUGCCUCCAAUAUGAAGGCCCCUGGCUACAUUUUGUUGUGGAAGUUGCUGGCCGCAGUGAUCCUCGUAUGUCAGGCUAGGCCAAAAUCAAAGCUCACUUCACAGACAAGCAGUGGUCUCCGGUCUGAGUGUAUGGGGAAUCUAAUGCGCCUGUCGCUGGAUAAAGCGUUGGCAGUGGGCAACCAGCUGGAGGUGGAGGCUGUCAAUGGCAGCAGGCGUGUGCUGCUCACCCCCGCCCUGGCUGCUCGCUGUGGUUACAGUAUGGAGUCUGACCCCUGGGGCAACACCCGGAUCUACGCCUCCCUGCUGGGCUGCUACAUCCACAACACGGAUGACAGUACGUUUGAGCUGGGCCUAAGGCUGGAGAUGUUUAACCCCACGUCUCCUGAGAUCAUCUCCCACGAUGUGCAGCAGACCUGCAGCUUCUCCCGCUGGGCCCAGAGGGAGGUGCUCUGUGACCGCAACUACAUGGAGGUAUCUCACAGCAUUCCGGUGCCCAACUCUCCGACUGAUCCCAUGGGUCCUAAAGGCUCCAGUAUUAAAGAUGACCCACAAAUGAAUGUGAUUCCUGGGAGCUCAGAGAAGGGUGGCAUCUGGAAGCUGACGUUCUACAGUCCUGAAGCGGUGCCCAUGAUGCAGAAGGAGGCUGAACAGGCCGGGUAUGGAGCCCACACCUCUGCCAACCGCCUGGUGGUCCGCAGCCCCUACCACAAACCAGAGACCUACUCUGAGGAUGUGGCAGGGAUCCCGAUGGAGGUGCUGCGGGUCAGUGUGUACUACAGCGCCCCCUCUGGCCUCAGCGUCACUGACAUGUCUGCGGCCUGUCCCAUUGGUGGCGUGCUGUUCUCAGAAAGGCUGAUCUUGUGGCACAUACCCCGUGUGGUCACCCCCCUGGUAGACAGCGGUGCCAGGAUCCAGGAGCUGUACAUGGGCAUGAGCGGGCACAGAUUGGAUCCGAGCCAGCUGUCUGCCCGUGGCUACUCCCUCACUACCAAGGACUUCCACAUUGUCAUGGAGAUCCCUGUGGGCACUCCCGACGGAUACUACAAGAGCCAUGCCCCAGACCACCAGUACCACGUGAGCUUCAGCGUGGAACCCAUGCUGGAGGUCCUGUGGAGGUCAUCCCAGAGUGGAGAUGACACUCGCUAUAAGGUCCUGUUCCCCAUCACCACCCCGCUGAUGCCCCGACCCCCCCACAUCUCUGACCAGACGGUGGCGGCGGCGCGGCUCUUCUCUCUUCAAGUGGGCACAUUUCUUCAGGAUGUGGAGCUGAGGAAUAUCACCUUCUUCACGGGGACCUUCUCUGUGGAGGAGUGUGUGAAAAGAGGCUUCAGCGUGCAUCAGGAGGACUACCCCAACGGCACACGCAUCUUCUCCGUCAGCCUGGCCUUCAGCGAGGACGUGGUCAGGAGACAUAACCCGGAGCCCCUGGUGACUGUGUACUCCCUGCCCCUCACUCUGGGCUUGGUGGUGGUGCCAGAGCUGUCGUCCUUCUCUGUGAGCACUGAGCUGCAGGCCUCUCUGCACGACGUGGUACUGCCUACGUUGUCGGCCAGCUGUGACCAGGAGAAGUUCCACAUCACUGUUGCCUAUGGAAACCAGGGCUCUAAUUUCCAGGCGUUUGAGACUCUGGUGGGGUACCAGGUGCUGACGGCAGAGAGUGCUGCGGAGUACCGCUUCAGAGAGAAUGCCACACACUUCUACUUCGAGGUCCCGUACACGGCCCAGAACACGGCCUUUGAGGUGCUGGAGUCUGACUCAGUCCGGGCGCGGCUGGACAUCCUCCUUUGGGACCCCAAAAACCAGUGGACAGUGGGUGACCUGUAUUUGGCCUGCCAUUUCCCCCUUACCACCACACAGUGCUACCCUAAUGGCACCAUGAGCGCUCUGGCUGUGAAGCUGGAGUCCGUCCCUGGUCUGGAGUUGGACAGGCUGAGGCUGAGGGAUCGGAGCUGUAGACCGGUCAGAAUCACGGAGCGGUCAGCCCUCUUCUCUUUCACUGUGGACUCCUGUGGAACCUCCAGGACGUUUUUGGACGACUACAUGGUGUAUGAGAAUGAGAUCAGCCUGGACUACAGCAAUGGGGUAGUGUACCCUGGAUGGGCCAGCAGAAGGCCCCGGACCACCCCUAUAGACCCAGAGUACAGGCAGAGCAUCUCCUGCUACUACCGUGUGCACAAGACAAUCAGCAGAGCAUUUGCACACGCUCCAAGCAGUGCUCCAGCCGCUGAGGUUGGGACAGGGCAGCUGCAGGUCCACAUGAGGCUGGCCAAAGAUUCCUCCUACAGGUGGUUCUACCAGCCGGACGAGUUCCCAGUGUCUAAGGUCCUCAAGGAGUCGGUGUAUGUGGAAGUGUCCCUGGACUCCUCCUCUGACCCCAGACUGGAGCUGGUGCUGGACAGCUGCUGGGCCACGAGCAGCCCAGACCGGAGCUCUGUGCCACGCUGGGACAUCAUAGUUGACACCUGUGAAAACCCGGAGGACCGCUACCUGACCCAGCUCCUCCCUGUGCAGAAAGACUCCAGUGUGCAAAUCCCAGGUCAUGUCAAACGCUUCAUUAUCAAGAUGUUCACCUUCACACGAGAGGACCAGGUUCUCCAAGAGCAGCUCCACAUUCACUGUGAUGCUGUGGUCUGUGACUCAAAUGACCACACAGAUAGUGCCUGCAGGGGGCAGUGUGCCCACCCCAGGUCACCUGCACGUCCUGGAGUGGGCGGGGCCAAAGAUGGGAGGAAGGAGCGGAGCAGUGCACAGACCUCUUCUGGGCCCGUCCUCCUGCAGCAGAGCGGUCACACAAACAUCUCUUAAUAAACUUUCUAUGCAUUUUAA